AUGGAAAGCAUUAAAAGAAAAAAAAAUAAAAAUGAACACACUCAACAUGAAGAAAAGAAUAAAUUAACCACCUUCGAACAUAAUGACGUAGUAUUCUUCAAGCACAAGGAGAAGAACAAAAUAGGAAUUGGAAGAGUAGUCAACUUUUAUACAGAACUCAAAAUUAAUGAUAUUCUUUUAGAAUCUGAUCAUAACGUAACCCUAGCCAACUACAUCAAAAUAUUGAACAAUAUAAAUGAUGGAAAGUAUGUUCAAAGUUACAUCGCAAAUUUAAACAACGAAAAUGUAGCCAGCACCCCAUACCAAGCUUCUAACUCCAAGGCAAGUGAAAAAAUCAAUUGUAAGCUUCACGAAAAGGAGCAAAAACAGGACUAUAAAUAUGCCGGUUUGAAGGAAAAAAAUGAAGAAAAAGAAAUACACAUCAACACAAAAACGGGAAUCAAUAACAGCAACGCCAACAACCCAGAGUUCAAUAACAGCAUAAGCAAUUGCGUAAUGCGUAAAAAUGAUGAAAAAAGAAAAGCCAAUAAAUUAUUCUAUAUUGUCCAAUCAUUAGAAAAUUAUAAAUACAGUUUACAAUACAAAAAAGCAUUCAAACAUUAUAAAAUAUUUACUCAUAAAAAGUGGGAACUUAUCAAAGCUCUCUUCUGCAAAAACAUACAAAAUAAAGUCAGCUUCGUUCUCGCCGUGAAAUUAUUGGAAGUUAAAAAGGUAUACGCGAACAAUGUAAAUUUACAAAAUGUUAUGAUAAAUAAUUUGAUGAAAAUUUAUAAAAGCGAAAGAGAUCUCCAUGUAGAUCACCUUGUUCUAAAUUUUAUUAAAAAGUUAGACGUCCGAAUUAUAUUGCAGAAUAAUGUUCUCAUAACUAAUGAUGACUUUAAUGAAAUUUCGUCAAGAAACAAAAAGGAGAAAGAAGGGGACAGCCAACAGAAGUUGUUCCACUCGAACAAGGUUGAUGCACAUAUGGAUGAAGCAAAUGCGAUCACCCAGGGGGAAAUGACGCAUUUGUGUGAUUCCCACGGAGGAAGUUGCGGGAGCGACAAAGUGGGAAGCAACUACGACAACGAGAUAAACACACCCCAUCAGGGGGGUCAUGUGGAUGGCCAACAGAACGAUAUGCUCCACGCAAGUAAUGUAGACUAUUUUGGCAAGUGCUCCGUCGAUUGGGGGACCAAACAGCCCCUUGACUUGGGGACUAAGCAGCCCUUUGACUUUGGGACUAAGCAGCCCCUUGACUUUGGGACUAAGCAGCCCCUUGACUUUGGGAAGAAGCAACCCCUUGACUUUGGGAAGAAGCAACCCCUUGACUUUGGGAAGAAGCAGCCCCUUGACUUUGGGAAGAAGCACCCCCCCAAGUACGCGAUGAAUUAUCUCAUUGACUACGGGACGAAGCAACCGAGUGAUUCCCCCCCUUACAGUGACGACCAAGAAGACUUUCGCCAAAUGCGCAAAAAAGACAACAUCAACCUCCAAAAGUACGCAAGGAAAAAAAAAGUAAUAGAAGGAGAAACGUAUCAGUACGAAUUGAAAGGUAACCUACUCGCCAAGUUUAAGUCCCCACAAGGGGUUGCAUACAGAGGAUGCAUUAAAAGCAUUUGCAAAGGAAAAAAUAGCAUUCUUUCCUAUUUCUUAAUAGUCCCCUCCUUCUUCUGGUUCAACGAUUCUUACUACUUCUCUUGCUUAAAUAUCGAUAUGGACAUUUUUCAACUUUUGGAAAUCAUCAAAAUUGUUGAUAACUCAAAAAAGAAACAAAUAGAAAGCAUAUCUUUCGCCAAGUAUAAAAGUUUGAGGAAAAUUUACGACUGUAUGUAUAACCCUAACCCUAACGGGGUCCACAGCUUGUUACGAAAGGGGGCGGCGACAGAUAAUACACCCGUGAAAGUCCGGGUGCGUGCCCAAAAGGGGGACAUAACGAAAAAGAGAAAAACGCGCAAAAGGCGUACACUACAAGUGAAGCUAGGCAAGAGAAAGAGAAAAGAACGUGGCGUAGACAAACCGUUAAAGGCUAGUGUCACCAAGGAAAGAAUACGAAAGAGAGUUAGGAAAAGGAAAAAGAGACAGGAAGAAUGCCUAGAUCGUAAGAUUGGAAGAGGCUUAAAAAUUAAGAAGCGAAAAAAGGAGGUGGUGCAGCCAGAAGUAAUUGAAAAAAAACGCAGGGGGAGAAAGAAGAAAGUAGUACCAAUUCAAGAGGAGAAAAAUGGGGAAGAGGAGAAAGAUGUUAAGGGGGUGCGAAAGGUGGAAGAAGUCGAAAUUAAAAAGGAAUUGGAAGAGGAGGCAGACCACAAAAAGGAAGAGGAGGCACUCCACGAAAAUGAAGAAGAAGUGCGCCACAAAAGCGAGGAAGAAGUGCGCCACAAAAGCGAAGAAGAAGUGCUCCACAAAAACGAAGAAGCAGUGCUCCACAAAAACGAAGAGGAGGUACCCCAUGAAAACAAAACCAAAGCGCAGAACAACGAAACAGUUACGAACCCCCUUUUCAAACCGCCACACGAUAUGGAUGGUGAUGACCCAACCAAAAUGAUGCAGGAUUCAUCCACAAAAAAGUCCAUCUUCUACCUAAACAAGGAAAUAACAAACACGUACCUUACCAAAUUCGCACAUUUUUUUAAACUUUCGGAGAACAGUAAGCAAAAAUUGAAGCAGGAUGAUGAACAGGGUAAAAAAGGAAUUGAGCCCAAAACGAUUGGAAGCGAAACUGCACAUGAAAAUAGCUACAUGAAGGACGAUAAAAAGCUGACAACAAUUAUAACCAACACGAACACUAAUGAGCAGAGCAUAAACGUAAUAGCCAAAGUGAAUGAGGAGAAGGAAAACGUAAACUUCAGAAAAGGAGAUCCAGGUGACAAGGCUCCCAACGAAAAUGCCAAUCAAGGAUAUGCAAAUAUGAAUGAAGUCACAGGGGACGCAGAUGAUCAAAUGGAAAACCCAGAUAACACACUUAUUAGUAAAUUAAUUGCAAAUGGUAAAGAGGUAGAUGAAGACAACGUUAUGGAUCCCCCCUCCGUGGGUAAAGGAAGAGCAGAUGAGAUGCACAAACAUGCUAGCUAUCAAAAAGAAAACGUGGAUGAAAAUGGAAUAACAAUAAACGACCGUACCGAACAUUUAAAUGACAAUGAUGGUAACACCCCUAGUGCAAUUAUUGAAGAAGGAGUUGUAAAGGAUAACCCUAAACAGCUACAAGGCGAAAUGGAACCUUUAUAUCUGAAAAUGGACCAAACGGGCAUUACAAAUGAGGAAGAAAUUUUUAAAAAAGAAAAUUUUGGAGACCUUAAUGAAGAUAAAGAUGAAAAACCUACAAAUUACAAAAAUGACAUUCUGGGCGAUAAAAGGGAUUCACUCAAUGGCGACAGUAGAAGCUAUCAGAACGAAUCGACGACUAGCCAAACUUCCUAUGAAAAGAAGGAAACAACUAAUGGUAGCGACCAGAAUGAGUCAACGACUAGCCAAAAUUCCUACGAAAGGAAGGAAGCAGUAGCCUGCGAGAAUGUAUGCGACAGGAACGAAUUCACGGCUAGCCCAAAGUACGACGAAAAAAUUGAACAGACGAUCGGAGCAAUAACGAGCGAAGUGAACCAGCCGAUGAACGGAGCAAUUAUGAGCUUCUCAAACGAGCCGAUGAACGGAACACUUAUGAGCUUCUCGAACGAACAGAUGAACGGAACCAUAAUUAGUGACGCAAACCUUGCAGAUAACCGAUCGAACACGCACCUCAGAAAGGUGAGCAACACAAACAACCUUGUGAAAAAAGAACCGGAAGAAAACAAUCAUUACAAUUUAACAGUACACAUAGGCCUCUCAAAUAAAAAUGACACGCCCAGAAUGUAUAGCAACACACAGGCCUACUGCAACAACUACUGUAAAAACAAACUCGCGGAGCACAUAAAAAAAUUCUUAGACGAUGAAAAAAUUAAAAAAAUAGAAAAACUGUACAAAUUUUGCAAAGAGGACAUAAACAUUUUACUAUACGUUUACGUCAUGCAUAUAUAUGUGAACAAAUUGUGCAAAAACGUAAUUGUGAAAGUAUUAAAUCCCAAGUGUAAAAAUGUGAAAAAAAAAAAUAUCCUGAUAACGACUUCAUUUUAA